AUGGCGAAAAAGAAGAAUAAGCAGAUCAUCCGGCCCUGGUGUUGGUACUGUGAGCGGGAGUUUGAAGAUGAGAAGGUUCUAAUGCAGCAUCAGAAGGCCAAGCAUUUCAAAUGUAACCUUUGUCCUCGACGACUGAACACAGCGGGAGGGUUGGCCGUUCACAUCCAACAGGUCCAUAAGCUCGAGCCAGAAAAUCUUCCACGCAUUGAGAAUGCACUACCUGGUCGUGAUGGGUACGAAGUUGAGAUCUUCGGCAUGGAGGGCAUUCCUGCCCCUGACGUUGCAGACUACAAACGUCGUAAGGAAAUAGAGCUAGGUCUCAAUCCUGGAACCAUUACCCAGCCGCAGUCUAAAAGACCCAAGCUUGACAAUCGUCCCCUCACCGAAGACGAACUCAAAGCACAACUAGAAGCUCACAAGGCGCUUAUGGGCGCUUCGGAUGGCACGGCCGCUCAUGCCAACCCCGAGUCUGCUACUGGGGCGGUGUUUGGCGCCCCUCCCCAGGCAUAUGCUGCGCCUCCAGUACCGGCGCCAGGCUUUGUACCACCAUCUUCUGCAUCGCCUGGAAUGCCUAUGCCUCCAGGUGCGCCUCCAUUUAUCCAUGGCGCGAUGCCUGGUUUCCCAGGGACGCUUCCCUUCCCUCCGGGCAUGCCACCAGUUCAUCCAGGUGCGCCUCCUCCUGGCUUCCCAAUGCCGCCUCCUUUCGCAGGCUCCCCUCCACCAGGUCUUUUACCCCCUGGUGUGCCUCCCGGCAUGCCUCCCUUCCCUCCUGGCGCACGCCCACCCUUCCCACCGCCACCCUUCCUCCCCCCUGGUAUUUCUCCUCCGCCGGGCUUUACUCCUCCGCCAGCCGGUAUGGUGCCACCAGGCAUGUCGCCAAUCCCCCCAGUCCCUCCUUCUGCUUCGAUGUCCCCGCCUCCUGGCAUGCCUGGUUCCUCUCCUUUUGUGUCUACGCCAUCUACAACGGCGCCUGCAGCUUCGGCGACUCCGUCCGCUGUGCCUGCACCCCCGCCUAUUGCUCCUGAGCUUACACUACCUGAUCCUAGUCUCGCACAAACAAAUCCGCCUUUCAAGAAGACGACAUCGCUUAAGUGGUCCGAUCCAAACUUUUCUCCUGAGGAACGGCGUGGGACAGAUUCCAAGUACUACUUCCCCAAGGAAUACCUAUCUGAUAAACGAGAGAAUGGUCAGACGGCCUUAGCCAUUUCGGAGGAAUCCAGGGGCAAGAAGAGAGCAAGAGCUGAGGACUAUCUGUAA